UCCGGCACAGAGAUGAGAUGCCACCAGCCCUGGCGCUUAAUGAUUAUGUCAGUUCCGGUUGCCGUGCUGAGUCGGAAGUAGGAACCUUUUGGCCCCUGAGACUGUCGUGUCGUCGCUGCUGGUCCUUCAUACCCUGCCCCACCCGCUAGGUCUGGAUGGAGGAUACCUUAAAGUGAAAUGACAGACCAGGAGAAUAACAACAACAUCUCAAGUAACCCCUUUGCUGCUCUUUUUGGCUCUCUGGCUGAUGCCAAACAGUUUGCAGCAAUCCAAAAAGAGCAGCUGAAGCAGCAAUCUGAUGAACUCCCAGCAAGCCCAGAUGACUCCGAUAAUAGUGUGUCAGAGAGCCUGGAUGAAUUUGAUUACUCUGUGGCUGAGAUCAGCCGUUCAUUCCGGUCACAGCAAGAAAUAUGUGAGCAACUCAACAUCAAUCACAUGAUCCAAAGAAUCUUCCUCAUUACUCUGGACAACAGUGAUCCAAGCAUGAAAAGUGGGAAUGGUAUCCCAAGCCGCUGCGUAUAUUUGGAAGAGAUGGCAGUAGAGUUGGAAGAUCAAGACUGGCUUGAUAUGAGCAAUGUUGAGCAGGCCAUUUUCGCUCGCUUGUUACUUCAAGAUCCAGGAAACCAUUUGAUUAACAUGACUUCUACAACAUUAAACCUCUCUGCUGAUCGAGAUGCAGGAGAGAGACACAUUUUUUGUUACCUUUACUCCUGCUUCCAAAGAGCCAAGGAAGAGAUUACCAAAGUCCCAGAGAACUUGCUUCCCUUUGCAGUACAGUGCAGGAACCUCACCGUGUCUAAUACCCGAACAGUUCUCCUUACCCCAGAGAUCUAUGUUGACCAAAACAUCCAUGAACAACUGGUAGAUUUGAUGUUGGAAGCCAUCCAAGGAGCUCAUUUUGAGGAUGUAACUGAGUUCCUAGAAGAGGUCAUUGAAGCCUUGAUACUGGAUGAGGAAGUUCGAACAUUUCCUGAAGUCAUGAUUCCAGUGUUUGAUAUUUUGUUGGGCCGAAUUAAAGAUCUGGAGCUCUGCCAGAUCCUACUCUAUGCAUAUCUGGAUGUUCUUCUCUAUUUCACUAGGCAAAAAGAUAUGGCAAAGGUUUUUGUAGAAUACAUUCAGCCCAAGGACCCUAGCAAUGGGCAGAUGUACCAGAAGACCUUGUUGGGAGUCAUUCUGAACAUCUCCUGCUUAUUAAAGACUGCAGGUGUGGUAGAAAAUCAUGCCUACUUCCUGAAUCCAUCUCGUUCCAGUCCUCAGGAGAUCAAAGUUCAGGAAGCCAACAUCCAUCAGUUCAUGGCCCAGUUCCAUGAAAAGAUCUACCAGAUGCUGAAGAACUUGCUCCAGCUCUCUCCAGAAACCAAGCACUGUAUCUUGUCCUGGCUUGGAAACUGUUUGCAUGCAAAUGCAGGCCGCACCAAGAUUUGGGCAAAUCAAAUGCCAGAAAUCUUCUUCCAGAUGUAUGCCUCAGAUGCCUUCUUUCUCAAUCUGGGUGCUGCUCUCCUGAAGCUGUGCCAGCCAUUUUGUAAACCCAGAUCCUCUCGGCUCCUCACCUUUAACCCCACUUAUUGUGCCCUGAAGGAGUUGAAUGAUGAAGAACGAAAAAUUAAAAAUGUACACAUGAGAGGUUUGGACAAAGAAACCUGUUUGAUCCCAGCCAUGCAGGAGCCGAAGUUUCCCCAGAGCUACAACCUUGUAACAGAGAACCUUGCCUUGACAGAGUACACCUUGUACUUAGGAUUUCACAGGUUGCAUGAUCAGAUGGUAAAAAUCAACCAAAAUCUGCAUCGGCUGCAGGUUGCCUGGCGGGAUGCUCAGCAGAGUUCUAGUCCUGCUGCUGACAAUCUCCGUGAGCAGUUUGAACGACUGAUGACCAUCUAUCUUUCUACCAAGACUGCCAUGACUGAGCCACAGAUGCUGCAAAACUGCCUAAAUUUGCAGGUGUCCAUGGCUGUUCUUCUGGUUCAGCUGGCCAUAGGCAAUGAGGGCUCACAGCCAGUAGAACUAACUUUUCCUUUGCCAGAUGGCUACAGCUCUUUGGCUUAUGUGCCAGAAUUUUUUGCAGAUAACCUGGGUGAUUUUCUCAUUUUCCUUCGCCGUUUUGCUGAUGAUAUCUUGGAGACAUCGGCAGAUUCCCUGGAGCACGUCCUUCACUUUAUCACCAUUUUUACUGGAAGCAUAGAAAGAAUGAAGAAUCCACACCUAAGGGCCAAACUAGCCGAGGUAUUGGAAGCAGUAAUGCCUCAUCUGGAUCAGACCCCAAAUCCCUUGCUGUCCAGUGUGUUCCACCGGAAACGUGUGUUCUGUAACUUCCAAUAUGCACCCCAGCUUGCAGAAGCUCUAAUCAAGGUUUUUGUGGACAUUGAGUUUACAGGAGAUCCCCAUCAAUUUGAACAGAAGUUUAAUUAUCGCCGUCCCAUGUAUCCCAUCCUAAGAUACAUGUGGGAGACAGAGUCCUAUCGGGAAAGCAUUAAGGAUUUGGCUGACUAUGCCUCUAAGAAUUUAGAAGCCAUGAAUCCCCCACUUUUCCUCCGCUUUCUUAACCUGCUAAUGAAUGAUGCCAUCUUCCUUUUGGAUGAAGCCAUACAGUAUUUGAGCAAGAUAAAAAUUCAGCAAAUUGAGAAGGACCGAGGUGAAUGGGAUAGUCUGACUCCAGAAGCUCGCCGAGAGAAAGAGGCUGGCCUACAGAUGUUUGGGCAACUGGCACGUUUCCAUAACAUCAUGUCCAAUGAAACAAUUGGUACCCUUGCCUUCUUAACAUCAGAGAUCAAAUCCCUCUUCGUGCAUCCAUUCUUGGCUGAGCGCAUCAUCUCCAUGCUGAACUACUUCCUGCAGCACCUGGUUGGCCCCAAGAUGGGUGCCUUAAAAGUGAAGGACUUCAGUGAAUUUGACUUUAAACCCCAGCAGCUUGUAUCAGAUAUCUGCACUAUCUACCUAAAUCUUGGGGAUGAGGAGAAUUUCUGUGCCACUGUGCCCAAGGAUGGACGUUCCUAUUCCCCAACUCUCUUUGCACAGACAGUACGAGUCCUGAAAAAAAUAAAUAAGCCUGGGAAUAUGAUAGUGGCUUUCAGCAACUUGGCAGAGAGAAUCAAGUCUCUUGCAGAUCUCCAGCAACAGGAAGAGGAGACCUAUGCAGAUGCCUGCGAUGAGUUCCUGGAUCCCAUCAUGAGCACACUGAUGUCUGAUCCCGUGGUGCUGCCAUCUUCCAGAGUCACUGUGGAUAGGUCCACCAUUGCCAGACAUUUGCUCAGUGACCAAACAGAUCCUUUUAACCGUAGUCCCCUCACCAUGGACCAGAUCCGGCCAAACACUGAACUGAAAGAAAAAAUUCAACAAUGGCUUACAGAAAGGAAACAACAAAAGGAGCAACUUGAAUAAACACUGUGAACUAAACAAAUCAAAAACCAACCUCAAGUAUAGAUAAACAAUUGUGGUGUCUCCCUCUUCUGGUUCUGUUCCUUUCUUUUCCUUUUUUUUUUGUUUUUUGUUUUUUCCCCCCAUCACCAAAUUAGAGAACUACUUUUACUCAAAUUAUGAUAAUUAAGAUUCCUAAGAACUUGUCAGUGCUUCACCGGCUUGCAGUAAAAUACACUUUCUUAUAGUGUCCCCAAGUUUGGAAACCAUCGCUAAUUUUCAGCCUUUAUUCUCCCUUUUCUCACCUUAAAUUAUAUUUUUAAGUCUGGUGUCACAUAUUUCAAUGAUAGUUGAUAUCAGAAAAUUUUGUUACUCUUCAUGUUUACUAGUCCUCACAAUCUGAACUUAUACCCUUGCUAUAGUUCUGUAAUGUUAUGGAAUAACCUUUCACGUAAAAGCAAAUACAUUAUGUUUGUGCAGACUUUUGAAUGAUACUAAGACUUUUUUAUUUUUAAAGGAAUCUUGCAGCUUCUGUUGGUAGCUCUUAAUUUUGUGUUAUAUUGUAACUCAAAGAUAUCAUCACAGACAUUUUCUCAUGGGUUGUCACCACCAGAAAUGUAGCCCUGCAGUCUUUUUGUGAGGAUUAGUAAAAACAAAUUUGCCAUCUAGACACUUUAGUCAAAAAAAUUCUGGGGUGAGGAAAUAAAUAGGAAGCUGUUGGGUAUUCUCUUAUGAAAAAUCUGUUGCGAGGAGUGGGCCUAAGCAGGAAACUUAGGCAACAAAUAUUGUAAUCACAAAAAAAUGUCAUUUAAGACACUAUAUCAAUAGUAUAUCUCAGUAUGUAUUAUGCAUAUAUACAUAUGCACACUUACCAUGUGCUUUUUUAUAUUGGUCUAGUGUAAACUAAGUACCACUAUAUUAUCUUCUCAUGGUAAAAUGUAAACAGUGUGUGGCCAUGCUUACUCACAUACACAUUCUAGACAAGUAAAAUUCUAAGACUCUAAAUUGUAUAUAAUUAAUGUUUGUUUAGGCUGUGACCUGACUUGUAAGAGCUGCUUCUAACAUAGCCCUAGGUUAUCAGUUAACAGCAGGAAUGUGAACAAAACUUUAUCCACAGCCAUUUUAAAUAUCCACUUUUCCCUGAGUAAGCAGAUGGCACCUCCUUUUGUAGGCUGAGCCUGAGCUCUCUACUAAUAGUGCAGUUUAUCCUAUUGAGUGAGGCAUAUUCCCCAGUGGACCAUCUUUUUAUCAGUGUCCAUCUAAGUCCAAUGAUACCAUGAUAAGGGACAAGAAAAGUGACUUAGAAAUAGGGCUCAAAUGUAUUAUUAUAAUAUUCCAACACAAGUUGCUAUAAAUGGUCCUUGAUAUGUUUUGAUGGUAUCAGCUGGAAAAUCUUAAAUCUAAGAGGGCCUCCUAGCCCAAAUAUAAAAUUGAUAGUACCUAUUGCUGUGUUUAUAAAUGAAAAAGACUGGGACACUUGCAAAUGCCAGAAUCUAAGAUUGAUUCAUUGUGCUCGCUGAGCCUUUAAAGGAUGUAGUAACAGGAUAUAUUUUCCUAAAAUGAGCUUUGUUUCAUACUUAUUCUCCUUUCCCUCUCUGAGAAUGAACUUUGUAUAAAAUAAGCUGCUACCUACUUGCAUUUAUCUUCCCAUCCCAAUAGUGUCGUUCUAAAAAAGGAAAAGACCAGAGUUUUGUAGGAGAAAAAUCUCUGGUGUCUGUAUUGUGUUUCUGUGAUUAGCCUUUUAAUUGUGGGCCUCUUGUGGCAAGCAUUAUAGUUUUUCGUUUUUUAUAAAGCUCUUUUCCUGAGACUUUAUGAAUGGCUAUGGCAACAUUCAUUCUGCUCAGUAUCUUUAAAUGCAUCACAAAAGCAAGUGCAUAGCUUAAGGCCACUACUGGUAAAGAAACAAAGUGUCCUUUGUGCCUUCUUUCUGCAAAGUAGCUGGGAACAUCUAAAAAAAUGAAAAAAAAAAA